AGAAGCAGCUGCGCUCGCAGGUGGGCAGCGAUGCCUCUCGUAGAGAUGUGCGGCUAUCCCUGCAGCGGCAAAACCCGGCGGACACACGAGUUAAAGAGUUACUUCGAAAGCAACACGGACAGAAAGGUACAUAUUGUCGGAGACGGCGCCAUCGACGUGGAGAAGAAUGCUGUUUACGCCGAUUCGCAGAGGGAAAAAAAUCUAAGAGGCGCUCUCAAAUCUGAAGUAGAGAGGAAGCUCAGCAAAGAUGACGUAAUCAUCUUGGAUUCAUUAAAUUACAUCAAAGGCUACAGAUAUGAACUUUACUGCCUCAUCAAACACACACAGACACCUCACUGCUUGGUAUACUGUUUGACCUCAGCUGAAAUGAGCUCGACGUGGAAUAUCGACAGAGAUGCUGCUGAGCAGUACACUCAGGAGAUCCUAGAUGCGUUGGUGUUGAGAUUUGAAGCUCCAGAUUCCAGAAACCGAUGGGACAGUCCUCUAUUCACUAUUCAGAAAGAUGACACGCUUCCAUAUGAAGCCAUCUCAGAUGCCAUUUUCAAAAGAAAAGCACCUCCACCGAAUCAGUCUACGCUGAGUCAACCUUUGUCAUCCACAAACUUUUUGUAUGAGCUGGACAAGAUCACACAAGAUGUGCUAAUGGCAAUUCUCAAUGCACAGAAGACAAGUGUUCCUGGGGACCUCAUUGCAGUUCCAGGGACUUCAGAAAAGAUUCAGCUUACCAGGAGCUUCAACAUGGCAGAGCUAAGGAAAUUGCGACGGCAGUUCAUCAGCUACACAAAGAUGCACCCAACAGAGAAUAUAGGACAAAUUUCAAACAUGUUUGUACAAUAUUUAAACAAGAGCCUUCACUGAAAUCAUUUUAUAUUCU